AAUGAAAAUGACGCACUGACAAACAGCUCGCUUUUUCCAGAUACGUCUGACCUCUUAAAACGAGUCGAGCCAUUUAAUAGAGCUGAGCUUUACAGUCGGGCAAGAUGUGGAUUUUCUAGCACUAACUCAGCAAGGCCAGAGUUUAAUCCAGCUGCAUCGUGGGCCACCAGAGCUUGGACGGAUGUUGCACAUGGACACGUACAAAGAAGAGGACUUUACUUGACCGUUCCCCUUGCAGAAGAAAACACACUUCAAUCCAAGGAGCUGACAGAAGCCAUCUAUGAGAAGCUGGCUGAUGAGACGCUGGAUGCGUUGGCAGAAUAUUUUGAGGAUCUCGCCGAUGAGAGCUUUACUGAUGCGCAAGAUUAUGACGUGGUGUUUUCUAGCGGUGUCCUGACUGUGAAAGUAGGAGGUGGCCAUGGCACUUACGUCAUCAAUAAACAAAAACCCAACAGACAGAUUUGGCUCUCCUCUCCUACAAGCGGGCCGAAACAUUACGAUUGGACAGGAGAACGCUGGGUGUACGCCCACGACGGCAUGGCCUUGCACGAUCUUCUCUCUAAAGAGUUUUCUGCCAUCUUUCAGUCAAAUAUAGACCUGUCACAUCUCCUCCAUUCCUGAGAAGGACUGGAGAAUGAGGAAAGCACCAGAAACAUGUCUUGCCUUCAGGAACAGAAAUAUACGAGCACAAAUGGAUUCCUCAUUGCUCUUCUUUGGAACCAGAAAUAUUGUUGACUCAUAUUCUACUAUAUCUUCUGAAGAUUUACAUUUACAUUUACAUUUAUUCAUUUAGCAGACGCUUUUAUACAAAGUGACUUACAAAUGAGAAAAUACAAGCAAAAAUGAGAAAAUACAAGCAAAGGCUUGUAUUACAAGGCUUUUAAGUCAAUGGCGGUAAUGUAGAGAUCUGAUCAUAGUUAGUCUGCAGGCAGUUGAGUGGAGACUAGAGAGAGGAAGAGGGAGGGGAUAAUUUGAAAAAAAGCUGUAGGAAAGCUGAGUCUGAGAUGCUCAGUUGGUGUUUGUUCAGUACGUAGUGUGGUAUAUUUAAGCAUGGUAAUUAAAAGUCUGCAAUUAUAGAAUCAGCCCAUCAUUCAGCAAAUAAAUUCAAGGUGUGUGCUAGUCAAUAUGUACCUAUGUUACACUUGAAGCUGUGAGUCAUCAUCAAUGUUGAAAUGUUUUCUUUUCCUUCAGAUUUUCUUUGUUUGCACAGUAUGUUGUUGAUGAAUAUUUGUUCAUGAUAAAUAAAUGAUAUAUUAAUUCC